CUAGUUUUUGUUCUCAGAGCAGAGCGCAGUAAAGUCGCUCCAGGAAGCAGUGACUCAUUCAGUAUUCCUCGGAACAGUCGCCUCGGCGGCGCGCAUGGAGACCAAGUUCUGCGUCGGGUGCGCAGCUCACUGUCCUGACUAAGAACCCGGAUUAUUUCAGAACAACAGAUCAAACCUCGCCCUCUCCCUUGGACAUGUAACGUGAAAAGCCCGAGCCGGUGGAUUGUUAUUUCGCACUAAACUUACACAGGGAACCCCCUCCACGCGUGUUGGUCCGCUGAGCGCACAUACUGAUCCAGCAGCAGCAGCAGCGGCAGCGGUCGUCAUGACUUCAGCUCUGUCGGCCACCAAAGCUUUCUACAUUGGGAUGGAGGUGGUGAUCGCCGUGUCCUCGGUCAUUGGGAACGUGAUGGUGGUGUGGGCCGUGCGCAUUAACAGGUCUCUGAGAGACACCACCUUUUACUUCAUCGUUUCCCUGGCCUUGGCUGACAUUGCAGUCGGGGCUCUGGUCAUUCCCCUCGCCAUCACCAUCACCGUGGAACUCAGGACGCACUUCUACAGCUGCCUGCUGGUCACCUGCACGGUGCUGGUCCUCACACAAAGUUCUAUACUGGCGCUGCUGGCCAUCGCUAUCGACCGCUACCUGAGAGUUAAGAUACCCAUGAGCUACAAGCGGGUCGUGACCCCUCAUCGAGCUGGCAUGGCUGUGCUGUUGUGCUGGCUGGUGUCAAUCAUAGUGGGCCUCACGCCGAUGUUCGGUUGGAACACUCUGCAGCGCCUUCAGGAAAAUGGAUCACUGAAUAGCAGUGACCUGACUGUGAUCUGUGAGUUUGAGACAGUCAUCAGCAUGGACUACAUGGUCUACUUCAACUUCUUCAGCUGGGUGCUGCCUCCUCUACUGCUCAUGUUGGCCAUUUAUGUUGAGAUCUUCUACAUCAUUCACAAGCAGCUCGACAAAAAGGUGACAGCAAGCCACACAGAUCCACGACGUUACUUUGGCAAAGAGCUGAAACUGGCCAAGUCCCUCGCCAUUGUCCUCCUCCUCUUCGCAAUCAGCUGGCUUCCACUUCACAUCCUUAACUGCAUCACUCUCUUCUGCCCUACGUGCCAAAAGCCUGUAUUCCUCAUAUACAUCGCCAUCAUCCUCAGCCACGGCAACUCUGCAGUCAAUCCCAUUAUUUAUGCAUUUCGUAUUAAAAAGUUCCGCAUGGCAUUCUGGAAAAUCUGGCAACAGUAUGUCCUUUGUUGCAAAGUGAUUGAGCGACUUCCUCAGAGACGCAGCUCCAGAGGACAGUGUCGCGAGAGUCGGCUGAGGCACCUUGAUGAUGAUGAUGAUGAUGAUGUGUGAGCCUUACAUUGCUGUUUGUUUGAUUCUAGUGGCUACAGAAUGAAACGGACACUAGAGGGAUCAGCGUUACCUCUAUGGUCAGUGGAUAACAGAUAACACAGAUGAAAGAACUUCAGCUUGGACUGAAGUCUUUUUUCCAGUCAGACUGGUAGUGAGGUGAACUUCGUCAAUUAGCCUGUGUCGAGAAUGAGGCUAAUUGUUUCACCACUAGCUGAUGAAGAAAAUAUGAUGAUCUUCAUGUUGUGUGGGAUGAGAUCAUCUGUUUCAAGUUGACCUAAACCUAGUACAGCAAGUAUAGUGUCUACUGUAUUUAUAGGAUCAAUAAUAAUAUUCUGUGUUUGUAAACUAUAUGAAAACUCGUGCAUUUCGUGUGAAUUCAGAUGCUGAUAAAUUUAAAAAAAGUGCUGCAGUUACUCAGCUAAUUUUCAGAGGCCUUAAACUACAAAAACUCAAAAUGAACAGAAUAUAUUAGACAUUGCCGCUAACAUAGUAAAUGAGUGAUGUAAUGAAGUACUGUAAUAGUAAUUUACCAACAGUGUUAGUGGCUAAAGUAACCAUGUUUUCUCAUGACUUUUACACAUGUUCUAUGGUGCUAGCUGGUUCUAUGGUAUUAGCUUGUGUCACUGUCAUUUCUUAAACAAGGUUAGAUUUCAGUGGUUUUCACAUUUCGUUGGGUCUGCGGCAGGAAGCUGAUAAGACACCAAAAGGGUUUCCCAAGCACACACAGUCACAUAGCCCUUCCACAAAACUCUAAAACCACCGGAAACAAUGAUAAACCUUCCAAUUUAAGUCCCACAGGGAAUCCCGGAGCCAUCCAUUCCUUUUAAUCUACAUGACCAUCUGUGGUUGACUGGACUUUAUGGCUCCGUCCACUUCCUUUGUGAUAACACCCUGCUCAUCAACAAAAGGUUCUUCCAACACUGCUGAAUCAUGGAACAGCAGUGCCAAAUAACGGCGACUGCAGGCAUAGCAUGAUACAAGAACAAUAAUAUGAUUGGCCACAAGAGGCCUAGCCUCUCUCUUCCAUUGGCCUACAAGAUUUAAACACACACCCGGGAAGUCGAAAACCACUCCCCCUAUACACAGGUAUACAAGUGUAAACAACUAAUGAUACUUUACUUAUUCUUGAGAAGUUUUAGUUCUUGGAUUUGCGUAUUAGUCAAAUAACUAAUGUGAAGGUCACACAAAGAUGGAAAGAUAUGACACAGGAUUACAGGAGAAUGAAUAAGAAGACAGGUGGUCGAGGAAAAACAAGUGUGUGUAAUUUUAUGUAAACACUGCCACCAGGAACUUCACACAUCAAUGUGCAGCCCUGCCAUUUCUCCCUCCUCACAUUCAUGUAAAACUCAUUUGUCAUGCGAUAUCAUUGUGAACUCCAACCAAAGGACUGAACUGUGCAACAACAACAAGAGCAUAGAAAAGAGGAUAUAAAACAGCACGUUUUUCUCUCUCAAUGCAACCGCAGCAUACGUCUUGUUUACAGAAUAGUUUAGAAACUCAAGGCUUAACAUGAUGCUUAAGUUUGUGUCAACAGUAAGCAUAUACUGUAAAUGAUGAUUAAAUUUACAGUGUUCCAAAUAAUUAUACCCUGUGGUUUUUAAUGGUUAUCUCUAAGAAAUCAAUGUGAUUAAAUUAUUAUUUUUUUUAUUUAAUUAAAAGAAGCC